ACAUAAAAAUAAAAAAGCACUCCUCUAAACUUUUCUAAACCUGGCAUCUCAGAUGCAAAAUAUCAGACGCAUUGAUAAAGUGUAAACUAAGAAUGAAAAGGGAGCUGUUCAUUGUUUAUUUGUGUGCCCAUUUGGUAGUGCUAGCACAAACAGAGAGCACAAAGGAAGCACUUGAUGAGCAUUCUAUGAACAGACAUGUAUUUUUAGAAUACAAACCCUCGGAGAACAAUGUUAAAGAGCCGGGCUUUGAAACACAACCCACUUUAAAUGAAACUAACCCACAAUUUUGGGGGCCUAUAAAUGGAAGUAACUACGAACAGAUGACCAACCACACAUUUGUAAACAAAACCCAAGGAGGUUUUUGGCAGAGGAUAAUUGGGACGGACCAUGCAGAGCAUAAUUGAAGUGUUGCAAAACCCUAAUGACAAGUCACUUAAUGAAGGACAAGCAUUUCAGCUGGGGGAAAAAAAAAUCAACCCUGAUGAAUUUUGCCAUUUGAAGAUGACCCUUUGUUUAUUGAACAAUUUGCACUUGUAUUUUAACAUAAUCCCAUAAAUGCCACAUCUACAAUAGGACAAGUAAAAGACAUUCAUUUUUUGUAUUUUUCAUAUUCUGGAGCUCUCUUAACAAAAAAGAUAGAAUAACAAUUCAGGACUACAAAUAGCUGUUGAGAAAUUGUUAACCUCAUAACUUAAUGGGCCUUAAGGAUUAGUGUUUCAUGGAUAAAUAAUGUAGGAUCAAAUCUGCAGGGUUUUUGGUGUGUUCUUUCAGUAUCCCUAAAGAUGACCUGCAUUUAUUAUUAUUAUUUCAGAAUUAAAUCGGCAAGAUUAGUUUACCACUGAGACAGAAAUGGCAGCAGCAUGAUCAUUUUUCUGAUUGAUUAUUAAUUUAAUGAGACUCUCGUUUGGUAUUAAUUACUAGAGAUAUUAUUGAGAAAUGCUUUUCAGAAAUAUUUAGAAAGUUGAUAUCUGAUAAAGAAAGCUUAGCAAUUCAGCUAUAUAUUUGCAUUCAAGUCCACUCCAAAUUAUGGGUUGUAGGAUACAAAGUCAAAUAUUUGUAUAAAUCAAAUAUAAGUACAAUUUUUAUUAAUAUAAGAAAAUCUAUCUUUGAAGAACUACCAGUCAACAAUUCUGUUGUCUACCACAGCGCAAUGCCAAAAGCAUCUGAUUUUGUAGGAUUAUACCCUAAAUUCAGAUGUUUCAUUUAAAACAACAACAAAACCACAAAUCAGUUUAUAAAUUCACAUUACAGCAUCAUUCAUUAUAGGCCUACUCCACAUUCAAAUGUUUAGAGUUACUGGAAAUUAAUUAAUGUAUUGCCUGAAUUAAAAUUACAUGAUAGUCAAAAAGGGUUUGCAUCCGAAUGGUCUAUACGGUCAUGGUUAAGAUGGGAUAACCAGACCGAUCCAGCAGAUAUAUCUGAGAGAUUAUUUUAACAUGACCCUAAUCUAAUUUGACCUGAGACAGAGGAGACUAGUGAUUGCCUGCCCAGUCCAAGCGUGUAAUUAGAACAUUACAGAAGAUGUGCUGUUGUGUUCCUGGCGAAUGCAAUUUAAUUUGAGGUUAAUAAAAGCAAUUAAUCUGAAAAGUUUGUUAAAGCUCAUUUAUUUAUCAUAAAUGGAUUGGAUACACAUUAACAAAAUAAUACAUGAAACAUCUGAGGAACUAUUCUAUAGUGCCCUCAUCACUAAGAUAAAUAAUUUUGCAUUGGAAAAUUAAUAGAUAAUAGAUAACUUAAUAAAUAUGUUUGGAUAAUGCAUAUAAGCAUGCAUUACUUUUCAUAUUUUAUAUAUAUUGUUUUAAUUUCAGUGGUAUUGAGAUUUCAGUAUGUGUCGUAAUUCAUUUUGGGUAGGUUUGGGACAAAUAAGCAAAGUCACCCUUGAUCUGGGCAUGUUGGUUGACCGUUGCAAGAACUGUAGCAAACACUGGACCACAACUUGCCCCUCAGGGCCUGUCCUGACAUUCAGUCACACACAGAGAAAGGAAAGGGAAGAAAGCAAGCAUGUUAUAAGAUAGAGGGGAGGGGGUCUUGGAGGAGGUAAUGACGCAUUCCCAGGCCCCAGCAUCUCCACAACUCUCAGCAGCAUGUAAUGAGCUUAACCACACAGCCAUGCCUUGCCUGUGUCAGUGCAAAGGGGUCAAUCAUUCGGAUUAUCACACUCGACUUUGACAUCACAAUCCUCAGCACUCUGUGUUUUUUCUGUCCUUUUUUGAAAACCUUUUGAACCUUUUGUGAAUUUGUUUUUUUCACAUGGGUAAGUGACUAUUGAUAUAUUAAACUUUUGUCACUGGUUCAGAUGGGACUGUCAGCUCAGAUAUGGAUCAUAAUUUACUCCAGCUAAGAAGAGGGCUGUAUAAGGUUUGGCAAGUUUGAGGGUGGGGUGUAACAUUUGGUUUUGGAACAGGGAUUCACCCUUGUUAUCUUUAAAAAUACAAACCAAUGCCACUUUGCAACAACAAGGUUGCUGACAAUGGAACAUCAGCACAGCCACUGCAAGAGGGAAAAGCAAUGGUGGAUUCCCUCAUUAAGGUGAGUUGGUCUUAAAUUAUCCAAUAACUGACCAUAAUCAAACUUUGACAUAUUUUCUUAUCUUAAAUGGACUUCUACAAUUUUUAGGGACUUUUGUGAUGGUAUCAUUUUUAAUGAUCUUAAAUUUAGGCUUAGAGCAUCAUUAAUUCAUUUUUGUCAAAGAAAAAGAAGAUAUUAAUAAAUCAGAUUAAUGCAUUCUGUAAUCUGCAAAAUAUUAAUAAAGAUAAGUUAUGGGGGGGGGGUAUUUUUCAGUCAUUUGUUUAGCUGUUUACAACAAAAUUAUUGAGGUCCAAAUUGAAGAUGUAAGAGCAUAGAGUGUGUGUCCUCAUUUCUCAUUUGCAGACAGAACAUGAAAGCAUCUUGUAAUGGUGUGUUUCUCAAGCCUUAGGGUAAAAAAGCACUAUCUCUGAGUAAGGAUGAUCCAUGGUCCACUGCUUGAUUCAGGUGGAGGUGGUGGCAUGUUAUCGGCACUUGGCCUCCUGUGUUGGCGGAUGCACUGACAGCUCCAGUCUGCGCCUUGAUCUGCGGCAAACACGAGACCGGGCCCAGGCACUAGCACUGUCCUGCCGCAACCACCUGACAGCUCGGCUAAGAGAUAAAAAUUUACCAGAGGAUAGAAGGAAGGAAACAGAGCUGCUGUGGGUGGCGUUCUCCUCUUGCCUGGAGCUCUUACAUGCAGACAUGUGCAAAGUUUUCAGCAUGGUCAAGCACUUUUCCCUGGCCGGCAACAGUACCAUGGUACAAACAGGCAUACAGGGGGGGACAACAGAGGUGGCAGCACGGGCCUUGAGCCUGCCUGACCUGCAGGAGGCUAAUGAUGGCACCCAGACUUCCAACAUGGAGAGUCAGGAGCAGAGUCAGCUGGAGCAGGAGAUCGCGCAGGUGGACCGCACUCUGGAAGACAUGGAGCUGAAGGUCAAUGUUCUGCGCUGGACAGUGGAAGCACAGGGACCUCAGUAUGCUGACCCCGUCAGCACUGACAGUGCCUCACUGGCGCUGCUCUCCAUCGACGAAGAGGCAGCUGAGCACUUUUGCGAUCGUAGCCAGAUGUUCAUGGCAAUGAUGCUGUGCGGUGUGGUACUCUUUGCCGUGGUGCUAUCGGUGUGUGUGGUGUUCCUGGCAUGAAGUGUAAUCAAGUGCACCUUUUGUGUGGUGUAGGCUGCCAGGUAAACUGGCAAUGUUACUUUUUCUAAGGUCCCUUCAGUUGUGACCGGCCAAACAUUAACAAUAUGCACGCACUCGGUUUCAAAUGAAAGGUUUAACCAUUCCUUACUGUUGAUCUCAACAGAGCCUGCAGUUCUACAUCUUUUUACAAAACAAAAAAUUUUGCAAUUCAUUUUGGAUGUGUCCGUUUUUCACUAAAGAAAUCAUGAAGUAAUUUGCGCUUUAAUGCAGAAGAUUGUGAAAUUUGUGCAAGCAGAAAAAUUCAGUGUUAUGUGUGCUUCAAGAGGUAGAGGUUUGGCGUGUGUGUACAAACAAAAAACUGUUUAUUGCUGCUCCAGUCAUGUGUUGGGUUACUAUAUAAUUCAGAGGGUCAUGUGGUUCAUCAUGCCAUAACUAAAUGUGGAUCUCUAAAUACCUGUUUAUAGCAAAUACACUGUCAACAUUGACACAACAUUUGAUCCUUACUGUUCCCUAACAUUUUUCUAGAUGUACAGUCCUCUCAAAACUGUUCCAUCAAAGAAAAGCAUAGGGCCUUACAAUGUUAUGUGUAUGUCUUUAUCUAUUUUGUUAUUUUAUUAUUUAGUUCAAUUAAACCAAAAUCGUUUUAAAGGUAAUUAAACCUAGAGAACUUGAAUAAGAUUAAAAUGUUACAAUUAUUUAAAAUGUAAUUUUUUUUUCCAUCAAUAUACUUAAUGUGACUUACCAUGAAAGUCCUUCAAUAACUUCUGGUGCAUACCAUUUUCAGCUACUGUAUAUAAUGUACAGUAGCCUACCAUUCAAUGUAUGGCUAGUUCUAUUAUUUAUUAUUUACUUUUUAAUAACCGUAUAAUAUAUUAUUUUAAUCAAUUUCAUUUAAUUAAAUCAUUAGUUUAGUAUCAAUGCUUUGUUACCAAUUGUUAAGAAGUAAGAUUUAAUGAAUAAAGUAUUGGUUAUAUCACAA